AUGGCCUCAUCUCUUCAUCUACACCUUCCAUCUCUUGAUGAUGAUGACCCAUGGAUCAUUGAGCAGAAAUAUUUCGCGAUCAUCAACGACUGCUUGCAGCCAGAUAGCCAGCUUUCAGCUGCUGAAGCUGCUGCUGGGAUCAACGAGCUCACUCCGAUGAAUCGAGAAGCAAAGGGCGAGAAGGCAGAGGAACCGACAAGCUUCCUCUUGGAGUUCUGGGGUACAAUCAGCAAGCUUGCAAGGCAAAUUCCUCAUGACCAUCCCUCACAGGAUAAGAUGAUUGAGAUCCUGAAAGAGCUGCAAGCCUUGCCUGUUGUGAAAGUCCCCAUCAGCGAAGGGGGAUUCUUACUUUUCUGGUCUGAGAUGCCAUACUUGACUGAGGAUUGGACUGAGUAUGAUAUCGGCCCUAAUGCCCGAGAUCAUCCCUCUAAAUUUGGGAAAUGGAUAAAUCGUCAGGCAUUUGCCGCCCGUCUCCUGCAAGCUGGCUUGGCAGACUUGUUUUUUUUGCCAACCUGGUGCUUCAUGGAUGCACUGGAAGAGGAGCCAUCUCCACGACAGGAGUAUUUUGAAUGUCAACUCCGCGCCGCCGUCCAGUGGAUUGAGUAUUCCAGAGAUAUCCUCUUUCACUCCCUUGACAAUUUGCCCAACUUUCGCACUCUGAGACCCGGCUCACUCUAUGCCGGUAAGGGGGGUUUGUCUCGUGAAAGGUGGGACUCUUGGGAAGCGAGACUCCGUGUUUUGGCGGAAACUGGGACGCUUACAGAGGAAACCGCGUUGAUUUGUCGCAAGGCUGCACAGCAGAUGGCCGAAAUGGCUGCAACCGCCGAUGUCAGUGAUGAGGCGGCGCCAGCUGAAACGGCAACAGCGGAGGCACCACCAGCGGAGGUACUUGUGGACACGGCGACUGCGGAGGCAAUCGUGGAAGCGGCAAAUGCGGAGGCAGAUGUGGAAGCGGCAACUACGGACGCGGCAACUGCGGAGGAAACUGCGGGGUCGACAACAACUGAGAGUCCCAAUGAGUGCGUUGGAAAGGGGGAGAAGCUCGAUACAAUCGAUGCCUAG